GCCUGGCCGAGGCCGCGCAAGGGCGCUGUAGCUGCCAGUGCCGCUGUCAUGGCGUCGGAGGCGCUGGCUGAGGAGAACCCGCCGCGGUCUCUUUAGAGCGAGGGGCGGGCGGCUGGGUAUGGAGAGCGGCCCCGAGAGCCUGCAGCCGCUAGAACACGGGGUGGCCACUGGGCCAGCGCCAGGGACAGGUUCUCCGCAGGAAGGGCGACAGGAGACCAGGCUCGCCGCUGGAGAUGGUCCUGAAGUAUGGGCGGCAGAGAGCAGCGGCGGGAAUGGGCAGGGGGCGGCGGCUGCCUGGAGGAGCCUCCCGGAUUCAGUUUCUCCCGCCAGCUCCUCUCAGGGUCCCGGACCCUGCAGCUCCUUCCCAGGCUUGGAUUUGCAGGAGAGCGAUUUGGAGAGCCCUGCUGUCCAGAAGGUGCCUCUGAGAGGGCAGCACAAGGUGACCGCCUCCCCGGAGACAGCCGAGGCCAGAGCGGGCCAUGGUUUGGGUCCGGCGGGAGACUCGGGCGCCCGUUGGGAUCCCGCCGGCACCUGCCGGCCGGAGUUGGCGACCGCGGGUUCCGAGGAGCCCAGCAGCGCCGGCGGCCUCAGCAGCAGCUGCAGCGACCCGAGCCCUCCUGGGGAAUCGCCGAGCCUGGACUCCCUAGAGUCGUUCUCUAACCUGCAUUCUUUCCCCAGUAGCUCCGAGUUCAAUAGUGAGGAAGGAGCUGAGAGUAGGGUCCCCGAGGAGGAGGAGGGCGGCGCGGCAGUGUUGCCCGGGGCUGUGCCUCUGUGCAAGGAGGAGGAGGAGGAGGAGGCAGCUCAGGUGCUGGCGGCCUCCAAGGAACGUUUCCCGGGACAAUCUGUCUAUCACAUCAAGUGGAUUCAGUGGAAGGAAGAGAACACACCCAUCAUCACCCAGAAUGAGAAUGGACCCUGCCCUUUGCUGGCCAUCCUCAAUGUUUUGCUUCUGGCCUGGAAGGUGAAACUUCCACCGAUGAUGGAAAUCAUAACUGCUGAACAGCUGAUGGAAUAUUUAGGAGAUUACAUGCUUGAUGCAAAGCCAAAAGAAAUUUCAGAAAUUCAACGUUUAAACUAUGAGCAGAAUAUGAGUGAUGCUAUGGCAAUCUUGCACAAACUACAGACAGGCUUGGAUGUAAAUGUAAAAUUCACUGGUGUUCGAGUGUUUGAAUAUACACCAGAGUGCAUAGUAUUUGAUCUUCUUGAUAUUCCUUUGUACCAUGGGUGGUUAGUGGAUCCUCAGAUUGAUGACAUUGUAAAAGCUGUUGGUAACUGCAGCUACAACCAACUAGUGGAGAAGAUCAUCUCUUGUAAACAGUCAGACAAUAGUGAGCUGGUUAGUGAAGGCUUUGUAGCUGAGCAGUUUCUAAAUAACACAGCCACUCAACUGACAUACCAUGGAUUAUGUGAACUAACUUCAACGGUUCAGGAAGGAGAACUUUGUGUGUUCUUUCGGAAUAAUCAUUUUAGCACCAUGACCAAAUACAAGGGUCUACUGUAUUUGCUGGUAACAGACCAGGGGUUUCUUACUGAAGAAAAAGUUGUUUGGGAAAGCCUGCACAAUGUUGAUGGUGAUGGAAAUUUCUGUGACUCCGAAUUUCAUCUGCGGCCUCCUUCAGAUCCUGAAACUGUAUACAGAGGACAACAAGAUCAGAUAGAUCAGGACUAUCUUAUGGCAUUAUCUCUACAACAAGAACAGCAGAGCCAAGAGAUCAAUUGGGAACAAAUACCUGAAGGAAUCAGUGAUUUGGAGCUGGCAAAGAAACUCCAGGAGGAAGAGGAUAGACGGGCUUCUCAAUAUUAUCAGGAACAGGAACAAGCAGCAGCAGCUGCUGCUUCGACUUCUACACAGGCUCAGCAAAGCCAGUCAGCACAAGCCUCUCCAUCAAGUGGAAGACAAUCUGGGAAUAGUGAACGUAAACGAAAGGAACCUCGAGAAAAAGAUAAAGAAAAAGAAAAGGAAAAAAAUAGCUGUGUCAUUUUGUAACAAGUGUUGGAUUCUAUUGGAACCAUCUAUGUCUUGAGAAACAAUACCAACAGGAGGAAAGGAAGAAAAACCGAUAAAUACCGUCUGUGCCUGAUUUCCCAAUGGAUUUUGUUCAUGUUUUUCAGGGGAAAGGUUGUUACUUAGUUACAAUCAAACUUUUUCAAGUCAUACAGUACACUCUUCAUGAGCUGGAGUUUCAUGUUACAAGUUGGAAAUGCUGUGUGUUGUCUGUCAUUCAUGAAAAAUAUUGCACUUAUAGCCAAAUAAGCAAAUCACAGCAAAUUUUGUGUCACAGUGACAUUCAUAACUCAUAUCAGUUAGUAAGCUAUUUUCUCUUCUGUUCUAACAAUGAAUGGAGGUGAUUGAUUUUGUCUGAUUCCUUCCCAAAAUCUAAAUAUUAGCACAAUAGUUUCUAAAAUUAAUUUUUACAAUAUUAAAUUAUGAUCUAAUCCGUGAGAAACCAGGGGUUUAACAUAGGGAUUUAAAAAGCAAAAAAUAAAAAUAAAAAAUAUAACAGGAAUAAAUAACUCUUAAUUGUAUAUUGGACUAGUUCAGCCCUUGAACAGCUUUACCUUUCUUUAGGAAUGUACAUUUUAGAUAUUAUCUUGAAAACUGAUAGUGGAGCUUGGAUUUAAUUUAAAUAGAAAAAAAUAAAGAUUUGUAUUUCUUUUCCAAUAGCAAAAAAUUACAUAACACUAAUACUCAUAUUUUAUCACAAUCAGAUAUUAUUGACUUUGUAGUGUUGUGACAUUUUGAGGAAUUUAAAAUAUAGGUAACUUGCACCAUAGUUACUAUUUAUUGACUAUGAUAAAUGAGAGUAAAAGUGGAUACUAGGCUUUGUAAAUAUGGGGAUGUAGAGAAACAGAUAGUUCAAUGUCUACCUUUUUCUAGUUACCUUGAACCUUAAAAUUUAAAUCAUGUUUAUUUGCUAGAAAAUUAAGUACACUUAUUAAAACCAACAAAAAAGCACAUUUCUGAAAGGAAGUUAAAGAUAAUCUCUGAGUCUAAUAAAAAAGUAUUAAUUAAAAAUCUGUUGGAGGAAUUUAUGUAAAAGCAAUCAGAUUUUUUUAACUUAUGGGAACCAAAUAAACCUAUAACAUCUUAUAGUGUUUGUAGGAUUCAGAAAGAAUAUUUAUUGAACUUUAUUAUGAGGCAACACAUAUUUUCCUGUAUUUCUAGAUAUAGUUUAGAAAACUAUCCUUAAUAGUCCUUUUUAUAUGCUUUAUAUUUAAAAGUUUGUUUUAGUCAUUUUUGAAAUGACUAUUGCUGCUGCAAAUAUGUGAUUUACAUUCUAAGCCUCAGUAAAUUUGUUGGUUUAAGAGCAUCUUAAUCUAACUUGAGCAUCCACUUGGAGAAUGUUUUUUGUGGUCUGGAUUGACAAUAGACUACAAAAAUAUGUGGUCUAGAUUUCUUAAGCUAUGUCUUUAACAUUCUCCAUGAUCCAAGACCAGUUAUAGGAUUAGUCUAUAUGUAAAAAGUAAAGUCUUAUUUAUAGAAGGAAUUAUUCUAAGGGAAAAAUCCAGGGUCAAGCUGUAUCUUUUAUAUCCUUCUAUAUUGCAUGUCUGUUUAUGUUAUACCGUAUGUUAUUCCUUCUAAUUUUCUAUGCUAGCAUGAUAAAUCAUCAGAGAACUUGUUUGGGGUAUAAAACUUUGAUACAAAAUAUUUGGUCUCUUGAUAAUAACCCAGAAUAUGCUUACAUUGGUUAAGUUAUCAAAUGUACCACAGAAUUCUCUGUUGGCUCAAACAAGCUGACCUUAGUCCAAGUUUACUCAAUAACAUUCUGUUGGUUGAAAGAGGAAACUCAAAUCUUAGGAUUUGUUUUUCCCAGAACAGAUAGUAGUGACAGUGCAUCGUAUUUCAAUAAGAAAACAAAACAAAAUAAAUCUGAGAAACUUUUAAAAGCAUAUUCGAGGCCUACUUUUCCAUAAUUAUAUACUUAUCUAUUUAUUGCCCUUGCAAAAUAUAUGUGUAGAAGUUAUUCAUUGGUUAUUUGCUACUGUUUUCUUAAUUUGUUCCAAGGAUAGUACUGCCAUUCUCCAUUCCCUCUGGAGGAAAAAAAACCUCACUCAAAAGCAGCAGUGCUGCUGUCAAAUAAGUAGGUGUCAAUGUGUACUUUAAGAAGUAACUAAAAAAUAUCUUGUUUGUUAAUUCAGCCUUUUUCUAUGUAAUAUUUCCAAGUCCAACUUUCUUACAUUCCUGGAAUUGUUUGAUAUACCAAGAAUAAUAAUGAUAAAAUGUUUGCUUUGAUUACUGUGGGGAGAAAAUUAAAUGUUCAAUUCUAUUAAAACAAACUUCUCAGAGAUACUGAUUUCCCAUCCUUGAAGGUUAUGAAGAACUUAGUGUCUUUAUUUUCUUAUAUUUUGCUCAAAGCAACAAAUUAUAUAUUCAGACAUUUCAUUGCUGGUUUUGGUACAUUGGAAUUUGAUAGUGGUAUAUUAAAGUCUUUCUUUCACAGUAUUUCGCAAUACUUGAAAAUUGUUACAUGUACACUGCUAGCAGAAGUUAGAACUCAAACAUUUUUCUUUUUAAUAUUUAUAGGCUAGAUAAGGGGCACAUUUGCAUCGACCAGUCACCAUUAGAGUUAGCAAAAGAGGCACAUGAAUGAAUGAUGAUCACUGCACUUUCUUCUGCUUUCAAAGCCUAUUCCUUAAGAUUAGUGACCAGCCUUUAUCAACAAUAUGAAAAUUUUCUUUAUGUCUAAUCCCAUUGAACCAACAAUGCUGUGAUUUAGAGUAAGUUAUCAACACUUAAAAGUACAUAGUGUGUGUUUCUAAAGCAAGGAUCUGUAACUUCUAUUAGAUUUUCAAAGGAUCUGGGAAUCUCCCCUCAAAUUUAAGAAUCACCAUUUUAAGAAUACACACACUAAGCAGUUUGAAGCAGCUAAAAUUAAUUGGCUGCUUCCUAUAAUAUGUUGGUCCGUUGUGCUUAGGUAAAGUAACUUCUGUGUUUCAAGGUGUCAGGUUAGUAGUUGAAUGAGGCAUAGAUUUAAGUUUAGGAUUAGGUUUUGGAAUGUUUUGCUUUAUAGUCUCAGAUUUCUAGUAUUUGACUACUUAUCCCUCAUGUUUCAAAUUCUUCCUCAUACUUCAUGAUCUUAGUUUAAUUAAGCAAAUUAGAGCUUAGUUGAACCCAACAUUAACCAUUUUUUAUUUGCACAAAACAUUUUCUUUUCAAUGAAUCACCAACUCAGUUCACUAAGUAAAAAUCUUGAAAGGAAAGGACUAGAAGUCAAACAUAUUUAAGGAAAGAAUUGUGGUCCCUAUGUUAAUGUAGGCAUAUGAAAAGUCAAGGCAAGAAUUUCCAGAACUGUCCUCAAUGUCAUUUAUUUAAAUUUUUUUUUAAAAAAAAGCAAAAGCAAAUUGGUUACAUUUCAUCUAACUUUCCUAUUCAAUAUACCAGUUAUUUUAGACAUGAUGGAAAAAUGGGCUUUACCUAUCGCAUGAUACUUGAGCAUACAAUUUAAACUGUAAUUGUAAACUUAAUGUUUGCUAAAGUAAGAUGGAGGCAUUAAAGAUAGAAUAUAAUUUAUAUUUUAAGGACCUGGAAAUGUGGAAUUUCAAAUCAUUUUGUGUCAAAACCUGGUUUUGAUCUUGCCAUGGGCAAAUUUUCAGUGCCUCAAUGUACUCUUAGGUAUGUGAAUAAUGCUUACUUUAAGCACUCCUGAAUAAAGGGCACAGUAUAAGCACAGAGUGUUACUGAAAUAAUCAUAAAUAUUACACAUCUUUUGUUCUUGAAUGUGCAGGAUUUCCCUCCAAUGACAGUAUUUGUUAAGCCAGUUUUCAAUGCUGUCAAAAUCUGUAGAAUUAUCUUGUCUGAGUAUGGCAUCAUUUCUUCCCAAAAUGCAUUUUACAGUUGCUUUUGUGUUCUGUGGACUAUAAGGUCAAAAUCAAGAGUAUUUUGGAAGAAUAAAAAGCAUUAAAAAUUUAUUUUUUCCAAUAUCUUUCAUAUACCUAAAUAUUUAGAUUCUGUUUGAUUUUCCUCCAUGGAACAAAGUACAAUGGUAUCAGGUUGCUAAUACCAUAUAUGUAAACUUUAUUGCAUGGAUGGAAUUCAUUUAGAUCUCUCAAGUACUAUCAUUGUUAGGGCUAUUUAAAUUUUGUUUUUUAGUAUAAAAGUUAUUUGAUAAUAUGCAGUUUAAUUCCUUUUAGAAAGUGACAAAAUGGUAAAGGAACUCAGAAUCAGUUCUUAGAUUCUCUGGUAAUUUAGUGUUUUUGCGUGUGUGUAUGUGUGAGUUUUUUUUUGUUUUUGUUUUUGUUUUACUGAAGUCAAGUACUUAUGAAGCUACUGGGAAAACAUGAAGAAUUGAGGUUACUCUCCUCGGCUGACACUAUAAAACAAACUAAAAUUUAAAAUCGAAGGCUUCCUGAACAAAAUAUAUUGCAAAAUAGAGAUAAUGGAGUCUGAGUCACAAAUUGCAGGACUCUGAUAAAUUUAACUCUGAAGAUCUAUCUAAAUUUCAGUUCGGGCAUGUAUCUUAAUCGUGGUGUUUCUGCUGUUAAGAAAUUAGAGUUUAAUAAAUUGUGGUACACAUAUAUAUUUUUACAUGAUGGAUUCUAGUUUCACUUCUCAAAAUUUCACUUCUCAAAAACAUGCAAAAACAGUAAAAGUCUUCAACUACUGCCUCAAGUUCAGCUUCAUCCUAUUCUGAGAAGGAUUUAGACUUGUCUGCCUUUAACAGAUGGUUUUUAGGGAAUGGGACUAUCAGAUAAGGUGUUGAAAUACUAUGACAAAUAUAAAACCUAGCUUUAAACCACAAUAGAUUAAAGAACUAAAAGUUGUAUUAUUUUUCUACACAAGUCUACUUCAUGCGAUACUAAUUCUAAUAAUUUUUUCAAAUCACCUAAUUUUUCACCAUUGGCUUUAAAAACUUAAAUCCAUUCUCACUGUAAUACCCUACUUUCAGAGGCAAGGAUGCCUCCUAUAUUAGAGGUUGUACAAAAUAAAAUUGUUAUGAAGAUGAUCCUGGCUUCUUUGGCUUUAGUAAUUACACCUUCAAAUAGGAAGUCCGGAAACUGAGAUGCCCAUUUGAAUUUUCAAAUCAGCUAGCUCUUUAAAUGGAUGUUAUAAAAAAUAACUGACAGAGCAGUUCUAAUUAAUGAGAUGUGUUCUAAGACUAAGAUUCACAUUUCAUUUUUGAAGGUGUUCUGUAUGUCUCUCGAUUUUGUCAGUUUUUAUUGUUUCUUACAUCUUGUGUAAAAUAACUUUUUGCUCAGAGCAUAUAGGAUAUAAGAUAUAUCUAAGCUUCACAGAUUUUUAAAGGUGAGGAUUUGAAAAGCUUCCAACAGUUUUUGUUAAAAGGAUAAGUUCCUCAAUAAAAUGACAAUUGUUUUCACAGAUCCACACAUAAGUAGGACACUACGAUAGAAGAUUGAUGUGAUUGCUACACAACGAUCAGUACAAGGGAUAAUCUUUACUUGUGAAACUUCAAAGGAACCCUGAAAGUCAUUUCCUAAAGUUAGUGCAUGUGAGUCUUGUUUCCUUGAAUUGUGCAAGUAAUUGGAUUGUGGCACAUAUUUUGUGGAAUAGCAAGUGAAAUGUUAUAGACUGCAGAGAAAGUGAUCUUGAAAUCUAGCAAGAAGAAACAAGUUUUUUUCCUCUACUGUCAGACCAUUUGGGUCAAAAAAUUGCUAUGACACAUCAGAGAUCUCUUUGUGCCAGGCUAAGAUUGGCCAACUGAAAUAGAGAUUUCAAAGAGUUUAAAUAUAUAGAUUGUGUAUGAGUGCCUAUUUUUUCUCCUCCUUCCUUUUACUAUUUUAAUGCCCUUUCUACUUCUGAAAUAAUUUAUGUUUUGCUUUAUGACCAGCUUUAAUUCCAGUUUAAGGAUAAUAGCAUCUCUAGAGAUUGAUAGGAAAGAGCACUGAAAUACAUUUUUUAAUAUAGAUUUUAAAGCAACUACCCAUCUUAGGAUUGAAAUGAAUUGCUAGGAAAAAAGUUAUUGUCUUAAAUGCUAAUUAUGUUAAAACUAUUUAAUUCUAAAAACUAUAUCUUAAAUAAGUUUCAAAUUUUUCACUUUUGGAAGAUUUUCCUUAAAAAAGCAUAUUGAACAUAUUAGUUUAAAAUGUUUCUGACAGAAUUAUUCAGUAUUAUUCAACAUUUAAUUUCAUGUUUGUUACUGUACACAAGGAUGGUGUCAUUCUUGGAUUAAAAUGUUGGAUUUCUUGUUACUAAAAACUGUAACCAGUGAUAAUACCCUUAGUAUUUUUUAUUAUAGAUUAUAUUUUAUUUCAAUAAACUUUGAUAUUUAGACCAAA